AUGCCCGCACAAACUCUUCCUCCCGACAUCCUACGGGAGAUACUGGAUCACGUCGCAGCUGCCGAACCAGCUGGCUAUGACUUUCACUCGAGUUCGUACAAACUGGGCUGGAUAUCAACCACACACGUCUGCAGAAGCUGGAGAUACGUUGGGCUAGGUGCUGCAGCCCUAUGGGCAGACGCGGCCUGCGCCUUUCCGAAUCCUACCAUCGCGGACGAGCUCAUUACGCGCGCUCGCGCUUGUCCUUUGAAUAUGACAGAUAUCAUUCACGACGAGAAGGGCACCGACUCGCAUUUAUACCGUCGCUCUCGAUUGCUGCCGCUGGACUGGGCCCUCAAAUAUAGAAGCCGCGCUCACCACCUCAGAUGUACCAUUUCCAAGGCAGCCAUCGUUCGUGGUGAUGCCGAAGUCAAUAUCUUGUUUAAGGAUCCUCUACCUGUCGCCAAAUUUGUGUCGAUUGAGGUGGAAGGUCAUCGACGUGACAAAUCUGCCACACCCACGUUCAUCGUAGCCCUCAACGCUCCUGUUUUGAGCUGCAUCUACUCGAUUGGUGUGCUGCCGUCCCCAACAUCGACGCUGCCUAGCCUUCGCAGCCUACAUCUACAUCUGAAGACUAACAAGGCCAGGCCCAUGGAUGAAAUGACCAAUCUGUAUGACGUGCUGCGGGGUUUACCUCUGUUAGAAUUUGUCACUCUACGUAUGGACGGCGCGGUCAAAUUGUCGCGUGUGGAUAGGACCACUGUUCACCUCGAACACCUGAUAUCCUUCGAUGCGCACUGCUGCCCCGCGCGAGCUUUGGACAUGCUCGAGACCAUUGUCGCCCCUUCCCUGGAAGAGAUCCUUGUAAACACUCGCGGCGAAGAAACGAGCAGCGAGUUCGUAGCACAAGUCCUCGCUCUUCAACAACGACGCCAGCCUCAGCUGCUCAACGAGGAAUUCAUAUCCGUGUCGGACACAUCCCUAUCUCUGGCCGAUACCGCAUCGGACGAGCCGAAGCUAGUCCUCCGAUUUCCCCAGCAGACGGGGUUGAGCUUUGUGGAGCUUCUGUUGGCGCUGCCACAAUAUUCGGACGUUACCCGAUACCAUUAUUGUGCGCUCGUGGUGCCGGGUCGUGCGAUACACUAUGGCCUAUAUGCCGCCAUGGUUGCCAUAGGACGGGCAAUGACACGGGUCACUACGCUUGUGCUCAGCGGGGAGGUUCAUCAACAUUUACUAUGGAUCCUUCAAUCAACGACAGACGGCGAAUCCUCCGCGGUCGUGCCGUUUCCGUCCUUGCAAACGCUGGGUUUGGGCAUGGUGGACCUCCGUCCACUGCCACUAGACAUGUGGGCUGGGAAAACUCUGGCAAAGAACACGCUGUCGUGGUGGAACGUCAUGAUGGAUGUGCUGGAAAGUCGUUCUGAGAAGGGGAGCGGCGUCAGAUGCUUGACGUUUGAGGGAUGCGAUUGUGCGCGGGGAGUGUGCACGCGGGAAGCGUAUCUCGACUUGUUUCCUAUGUAG